CACUUCCAAAAAUAAGUAAUUUGAUCUUAUCACAACCAGCAUUUACUCUUACACAAAAUAACCAAGUACUUGCUUUAUACUAUAAUAAUUAUAGAGCUCUGAAAUUUCUAGAAGGAAAUUUCAUAUUACGAGAUGGUUUGACAACUGCAAAAUGA